AUGACAGAUCCCAGACGAAUUCUGUUGGUUUCAUACCCGCGAUCGGCGUCGAACCUGUUGGUCCGAAUGCUAGGUCUAGACGAUCAGCCCGAUGUUCCCCAGAAUGUGAGCCGCGGCUACCACCUUAAGCAGAUGGCCUCUCUCGCAUUCGACGAGGAUUUAUGGGAGAAGCCGCUUCACGAAUGGGGUGCCAGCAAACAACGCCUUCGACAAGCUGCCGCCGACGGUUUCGAUGCAUUGGAGAAGACGCGAGCCGCCGGCGACUCCCAGGGCAAGAUCACGUUUACCAAGGAACAUGCCACUUUGUUGACAGACCCCACUGUUUUGAACGAGUUCAUCUUCGGACGAGAAGGGGCUGUGGAGCAGCGAUGGCGCAUUGAUGAAGCCGGCUGUGACAAGGCUCCAGAAGAGUACACGGCAUUGAACGACACCAUUUUUUCGGAUGCAUACCUCCGGCAAUGGAAGAUGGCAUUUGUCAUCAGACACCCUGCAAUGGCUUUUCCGUCGUUGUAUCGGAUUCUUCUGAAUGCCGCGCCAAACCGCGAGUUUACAAAAGGGACGGCGAAUUACCUUCCCGUUUACAUGACAAUCCGUUGGAACCGAAGAUUGUACGAUCUUGCAACCAAGUUCCACAGGGAAACUGCCAAUGGCGCGGCUAGGGAUACCGAGGCCAUAGCUAUGCCAUUGGUGCUAGAUGCGGAUGACGUGAUUGGGAAUCCUAGGGCCGUCCAGAAGUUUGCGGCUCUGCUCAGAUUGGACCCCGACAAAACCCAAUCGAGUUGGUCUCCCAUUACACAGGAAGAGAAGGAGAAAUUGCCCGCGAGAGCUCAGAUUAUGCUGUCGACGCUCAAUGCUUCCACUGGUAUCAUAGCAGACAAGUCGGCAGCCAGCAUAGACAUCACUGCCGAGGCGAGUAAAUGGGCGGACGAAUUUGGGCUUGCGCGGGCCCAGCAGCUUGAGAAAUGGGUGCGAGAGGCGAUGCCUGAUUACGAGUAUUUGAAGGAGAGGCGGAUACAAGUGUAG